GAUAAACAUGCGACAACGACGUGUAGUUGACAGCGAAGACAGCGGCAGUCAGUGUCAAACUUCAGAAGCUUCUAAUAUCACGCUUGUGAGACGAAACAGCUCUAGUUGCGUUCGUCGUUUUUUCAUUACAAUAACAGUAAGCUAUUGCGUUUGUUUGGUUGCACUGAAGUACAGCAGAGUGGUACAAGAUGGAAUUAUUUAUCUACACUGGAUUCGAAGUCCAUAUUUUAGAAAUCUGUCUAAUCCGUCUGAAUAUGGUGUUGAAAGAGCAAGAAAUGUUUAUGUUCCUGGUCGAAAUGGAAGUUACCUGGGAGUCUGGCAAAUAGCACCCAGUACUUCUCAAGUUUCUGACAAAGUGGAGAGCAAUGAAGACUUUGAUGCUCUGCUGAGUAAUGGAAUGCCAAUUGUUCUAUAUCUGCAUGGCAACAUGGGCACAAGGGGAACAUAUCAUAGAGUUGAUUUGUACCAGAUUUUGGCAUCUCUAGGUUAUCACGUGAUAACUCUAGAUUAUGCAGGAUUUGGAGAUUCUCCAGGGUGGCCAACCGAAAGAGGAAUGGCUGAUGAUGCAAGGUUGGUAUGGGAGUGGACGAAGAUGCGAGGUGACAGGAGCCGGAUGUAUGUGUGGGGUCAUUCACUAGGAAGCGCGGCUACAACAUUGCUUGUUAGACAACUGUGUGAUGAAGGUCAAGGGCCAGACGGUGUCGUGUUAGAAGCACCAAUAACAAGUGUUGAAGAUGCUGCCAUGAGCCAUCCGCUUUCUCUUCCUUUUCGCUAUCUUCCCUUUUUCCGUUCUCUGUUUCUUUCUUCACUGCCGGAAAAAUUUAAUUCAGUUAGCAGGGUUGGUGAUCUCACAUGCCCAAUUCUAAUAGUGCAUGGCUUAUUGGAUAAAAUAAUUCCUAUCGAGCAAGGAGAAGAGAUGUACAGAGCUGCCGUGUCUAAGAGGUCAGAUCCUUCUCAAGUCUACUUUGAGGUAUUUCAUGAGGCAGGGCACAGGCAAAUAAAGAGCUUUUCAAAGUUGCGCUCAAUCCUGAAACAAUUUAUUCCUCGAUCAUGAACAUGACUGAACAAACGACUUUAGUUAUUUUAUUGAUGCUGAUUUCUGUUUGUAUUGUUUGAAUAGAUAUGUACAUAGGCUGAUACUCA